AUGGACAUUUGUUGGUGGUGUUCGUCGUCGGUGGUAUCUCUCUCUCUCUCUCUCUCUCUCUCUCUCUCUCUCUCUCUCUUUCAGCGUAGCGUCCGCUAUGAGGGCAAGAAGGGCCCGCGAGUCCCAGGAGCAGACUACAAUGCGACUAUCACAGGUCGCUCCAGGCAGCGCCCUCACGCAGGCCUCGCAGUCACAAGAGGAGCGCGCCACCUGCAUGGCUGGGAAAGCUGCCUACAGGGCUUCGUUGUGAUCAAGGCUCAAGAAUGCACAACGGUCGAGAAUGCACGCACAACUCAUCAUCAAAGGCUUCUUCGUAACGUAAGAAACGCUGCUGCCACUGCGAAAUCAAGGGCAAUAGAGACACUUGACCGCAGGCGCGCCUGUCAAUCCAGAGACGCUGCUGCAACAGCGACUGUUAGGGCUGCUGAGACACCGCUCCGUAGGUCGAGGGCAGCUGAAACAUUUGACCGCAGGCGCGCCCGUCAAUCCAGGGACGCUGCUGCAACAGCUAGGUCGAGGGAGUCCGAGACAAAGACAGGUCUGCAGCGGGCAACAGGCAAUGCCCGCAAUGUCCGCAACGCUGCAGCGACUUCUGCUGCCAGAAACUCCGAGGGCCCACAGACAAGGGCAAACAGACUUUCAAGGGCUGCUACAAACAUAGACGCUCUGCGCGUAUCUCAAACUCCCCAAGCUCGCUGCAUAUGCCUCGACGGCAACAUUCAGUGCCUUGCGGCAGCCCGUGGUUUUACCUAUCCCAGUAGCUCUUUUUGGUCUUUCUUGUCUUUCAAUUACGACCCGGGCAUUAACUUAACUACGCGUGACGACAUCAAUAUAGGGUCCAUGACCUUCGUUUGCCAAUUCUGCAACGCCCGCAAAUGGGCCGGGGAGCCUGCCGGUCUGUGCUGCUCCUCCGGCAAAGCUCGACUGCCAUCUCUGCAUGAACCACCCACCCCGUUGAGGGGACUAAUAGCCGGCUCCCAUCCCGACUCCAACCACUUCCUUAAAACAAUUAGGCAAUACAACAACUCCUUUCAAAUGACCUCAUUUGGGGCUCAGGUGGUUCGAGAAGAGGACUAUAACCUACAGGCCGAAACUCGUAUUGGUAUUUUGCCGCCGUCGGGAAGAGUUCCUCGCAGGGACGUCAUACUACUACUUCAGGCCAUGCUUCACGAUGUUAACAGCUACAUUCACAGUUUCAAAUAUUCUUUGGAAAAUGCUCCCUUUCCUUCCAUCAGCAUUGUGAUUGACGCCGACAAACGGCCUCAUGAUGAACACGAACGCCGCUACAAUGCUCCUGGGGAGCAAGACCGCACUCGUGAUAUUGUCCUCAAAUCAAGAGGCGGCGCUCUUCGCAGGAUUUCAGAGACCCAUCGAUCAUAUGACGCAUUGCAGUACCCUUUACUUUUCCCUUAUGGUGACAAUGGCUACCACUUCAUACUCCGGGUGGCCAACCUACAACGUCUUCCAAAGCCUUAUAGUGCAAGGCCUUCUACUCAUACUGUUUCAUGGUUAGGGAAGAAGGCUUCAACCUGGUUCAUAGAUGCAGGGAGCUUUUCCACCAGUUUGCGGUUGACAUGGCCGCUAAGAUGGAAUCGGAGAGGUUUUGUUUUAUACGGAAUCAUCAGAAAGAGCUGCGCUCAGACUCCUACGUACACUAACGCGACAGCCUUCGAAAUGAAGGCAAUCCUCGCAACCUAG